CGCCGCCGCCACCACCACCACCACCACCCGGAAAGGCCUCGGGCAGAGAGGGAUCGGCGCAGAGACCCGGCCGGGCGCGGGGACAUGGUGACGGGAUGGCCCGCAUCACAGACGCCUUCCCCCUGCACCUGCUCGUCUGGCACAACCGGCACCAGGCGCUGGACAGCGAGCUGCGCAAGGGACAGCACGAUAUUGAGAUGCUGGACCCACGAGGCCGAACGCCCCUGGAGCUGGCCGUGUGCCUGGGGAACCUGGAAUCCGUCCGGGUGCUGUUGCGACACAAUGCCUGUGUGGGCCAGGAGAAUGCCAAUGGCUGGACAGUCCUGCAGGAGGCAGUAAGCACAGGAGACCCAGAGAUGGUGCAGCUGGUGCUACAAUAUCGCGAUUACCAGCGGGCCACACAGCGCCUAGGCGGCAUCCCAGAAUUACUCAACAAACUGCGCAGAGCUCCUGAUUUCUACGUGGAGAUGAAGUGGGAGUUUACCAGCUGGGUGCCCCUGGUCUCCAAGAUAUGCCCAAGUGACGUGUACCGGGUGUGGAAGCGUGGGGAAAACUUGCGGGUUGACACCACCUUGCUGGGCUUUGAGCACAUGACCUGGCAGCGGGGCCGCCGCAGCUACAUCUUUAAAGGCGAAGAUGAGAAUGCUGUGGUGAUGGAGGUUGACCACGACAAGCAGGUGGUGUACACUGAAACGUUGUCUCUAGCCUUGCAUGAGCCGGAGCUGAUGCUGGCUGCCAUGCAGCCUUCCGAGGAGCACGUGGCCAGCCGGCUCACUUCGCCCAUCGUCUCCACCCACCUGGAUACCAAGAACAUUGCCUUUGAGCGGAACAAGUCUGGCAUCUGGGGCUGGCGCUCUGAGAAGAUGGAAAACAUCAGCGGCUAUGAAGCCAAGGUUUACAGUGCCAGCAAUGUGGAGCUUGUCACCAAAACCCGUACUGAGCACCUGUCAGACCAGGACAAGACACGCAACAAAGGUUCUAAGACUCCAUUCCAGUCCUUCCUGGGAAUCGCCCAGCAGCAUGCUGCCCAGAAUGGGGCCCCUGUGCUGCAGUCAGCCAGCCCAACCAACCCAACAUCUAUUACCCCUGAGGAAUACUUUGACCCCAACUUCAACCUGGAGUCCCGCAAUAUUGGCCGCCCUAUUGAGAUGUCCAACAAGGUGCAGAGGUUCAAGGCCACUCUGUGGCUCUGCGAGGACCAUCCCCUCUCCCUGGUGGAGCAGGUGACGCCCAUAAUUGACCUGAUGGCAAUCAGCAACGCCCACUUUGCCAAGCUGCGUGACUUCAUCACCCUCAAGUUACCUCCUGGCUUCCCUGUCAAAAUCGAAAUCCCCCUCUUCCACGUGCUGAAUGCCCGGAUCACUUUUAGUAACUUGUGCGGCUGUGAUGAGCCGCUGAGCUCAGUGCGAAUCUGUACUCCCACCCACACCCCAGAGAGCACUGAGGAGCCGACUGCUGGGGCAGAGGCAGCCAACAACACCAAAGUGUACCCUUUCCCCUGUGAGGUGGACCCAUCAGUAUUUGAGGUGCCCCAGGGCUACACAAUGUUGGGUGCAGGCCGUACAGAGCCCAUGCGGGACGAGGAUGAUGACCUGCUCCAGUUCGCCAUUCAGCAGAGCCUCCUGGAUGCUGGCACAGAGACAGACCAGGUGACCAUCUGGGAAGCUCUGACCAACACACGGCCAGGAUCCAAUCCUCCGUCCUAUGAUGAGGAGCUACAGCUGGAACGGGCUAUCCAGGAGAGCAUGUUCCUUCAGGCGGGGCCAGGCCUGAGCCCAGUGGAGUCUGGAGGUGGCAACGGUGGUGCUCCUCCUCCCGAGAGCAGCCCACCUCUCAGCACCAAUGGGGGUGGCUCCUCGGCCUUGCCCCCGCCCUACCCCAGCUUUGACGAGCAGCUGCGCUUGGCCAUGGAGCUGUCUUCAAGGGAGCAGGAGGAGAGGGAGCGCCAACGCCGCGAGGAGGACGAGGAGCUGCAGCGCAUCCUCCAGCUCUCUCUGACGGAGAAGUAGCGUCCCAGCCUGCCAGCAAGGGGCCCCUAGCCUCCCUCAAGCCUCACACCGCCCAGCCUAGCUGUCCUUGCCGUCAUUGUAUUUUUAACCUCUGGGGGUGGGGUGGGGUGGGUUUCAUGCUUUGCCCCUUCCCAGUUGAGGGUCAGGCUGGAUGUGAGAAGACAGCACCUUCUGCAUUUCCUCGGACUCACUCGGUUCCAUCCUCUGGUAUUAUUUCCUGUAAGAUUUUUUAAAAAUUUGCUUUAUAUCCUCAA